UCCCUCUCGGGCCUCGGCUGCUAGCCCGGCUAUUGUGGGGGGACAAGUCCCGAGCAGUCGGACAUUUUUAGGACAUUUAAAGCGGCAUUUUCCCCUUGUUAUGUCCGUUCAACGAACACCCAACACCGGUCUGCGUUCCCCCCCUUUUUGAAGGGCUAUCCGAGGUUCUGGCGGAUGAUUUCGAGCCCCCGGUGGAGUAGUUAGUAGGUAUGGGACGGACGACUGAGAUUUGAUUGUGCGUGUCUCCACUUUGGACUUAAAACAACAACAAAGGGAGGACAGACCGAGGAGACAAAGACAAUAAGACGCAUGUAGUCUGACUCCGACGCUGCAGCGAUCGCUUUUAAAGGCUUGACGAUGGGUUGCGUCAAGAGUAAAGAGGACAAAGGCCCCGCGCUGAAGUACCGACCGGAUAACAACACCAAUAACACUCCCGUCAAUGCCCACCUGGGCCACUACGGGCCAGAGCCCACCAUGAUGGGCUACUCGCCGGCAGCGAAGAACCUCAAUAAUAGCUACAACAGCCACGCCGCUGCCAGCGCCCUCACACCUUUUGGCGGGGCGUCGUCCACCAUGACGCCCUUUGGCGGCGCCUCCACCUCCUUCACGGCGGUGGCUGUGAGCAGCCCCUUUCCCGGUGUAAUUACAGGCGGUGUCACAUUCUUUGUGGCGUUGUACGACUACGAAGCGAGGACGUCGGACGAUCUGUCGUUCAAAAAAGGGGAUCGAUUCCAAAUUAUCAACAACACGGAAGGAGACUGGUGGGAGGCUCGUUCCAUCAACACGGGACAGAAGGGUUACAUCCCCAGCAACUAUGUGGCCCCCGCUGACUCCAUACAGGCUGAGGAAUGGUAUUUUGGCAAGAUGGGCCGCAAAGACGCAGAGAGACUUUUAUUGCUACCGGGAAAUCAGCGAGGGACAUUCUUGGCCCGAGAAAGCGAGACGACCAAAGGUGCCUACUCUUUGUCCAUCCGGGACUGGGAUGAAGUAAAGGGAGACAACGUGAAACAUUACAAAAUCCGAAAGCUGGACAGCGGCGGUUAUUACAUCACCACCCGAGCUCAGUUUGAGACGCUACAGAAGCUGGUCAAACACUACACGGAACACGCCGAUGGUCUGUGCUACAGGCUGACGACGGUGUGUCCCACGGUGAAGCCGCAGACUCAGGGCCUGGCCAGGGAUGCUUGGGAGAUCCCCAGAGAGUCUCUGCGACUGGAGGUCAAACUGGGCCAAGGCUGCUUCGGAGAGGUCUGGAUGGGCACGUGGAACGGUACCACCAAAGUGGCUAUCAAGACCCUGAAGCCCGGCACCAUGUCGCCAGAAGCUUUCCUGCAAGAGGCCCAGAUCAUGAAGAAGCUGCGACAUGACAAGCUGGUGCCUCUCUACGCCGUGGUGUCCGAAGAACCCAUCUACAUCGUCACCGAGUUCAUGGGCAAAGGCAGUCUACUGGACUUCUUGAAGGAGGGAGAUGGCAAAUAUCUGAAGCUGCCCCAGCUGGUGGACAUGGCUGCACAGAUUGCAGACGGCAUGGCCUUCAUCGAGAGGAUGAACUACAUCCACAGGGACCUGAGAGCCGCCAACAUUCUGGUAGCCGACAACCUGGUGUGUAAAAUUGCCGACUUUGGCCUGGCGCGGCUCAUCGAGGACAAUGAGUACACCGCCAGACAAGGGGCCAAGUUCCCCAUUAAAUGGACCGCGCCGGAAGCAGCUCUUUAUGGACGCUUUACUAUCAAAUCAGACGUGUGGUCGUUUGGUAUACUACUGACUGAACUGGUCACCAAAGGCAGAGUGCCCUAUCCAGGCAUGGUGAACCGGGAGGUGCUGGAGCAGGUGGAGCGCGGCUACCGCAUGCCGUGCCCUCAGGGCUGCCCCGACUCGCUCCACGAGAUGAUGCAUCAUUGCUGGAAGAAGGAGCCGGACGAGAGGCCCACCUUCGAGUACAUCCAGUCCUUCCUGGAGGACUACUUCACGGCCACCGAGCCCCAGUACCAGCCGGGAGACAACCUGUAGUCCCACGGUCCUGGACUCAGUGAAUGAACGAGCUGGAGCAAAGUGCAAGAGGCGGAAGAAAUGGCCACAACACUGUGAUCAAUACCAGACUAGUUAGUCCUCCUCAUUUCAAAUUGAUUUUCUACUGUUUUUAUAAUGAAUCAACUCUUUUUAUUUUCCUCACCUUUUUUUUUUCCGUUUUCUGCAAAAAAAAAUAAUUCUCCGCCAUUUGAGUCGAAAGAUCUUUUAUAUGUACAGUAGUUGUGUUGGCAGGAGUGUACGCGGGACAAAUGUACAGUAUGUGCAGAAAAUGUUGUAGAAAGUGCGACCGGGUGGAUGAAUGACAAGAUGACUUUUCUACCUUUUUUAAUGCGUUUCAAACUGACAGCAUCUUAAUGCGGAAACUAACUUUCAAGCAAAAAAAACAACAAUGUUUCUUGUGACCAUGCAGGUUAUUUGUGUUGUAUUAUUGUAUGGGAGUGGGAAGCACAGCGCAACAAAACACAGUGUCAUGUCUGACCUAGCACACAUUCAAAAACAUCAACGGAUUUGAGUUUUCUUUGUCGUGUAAUGUCAGUUCAACACAAAGUUUAUGUUCCAUCAUCUCAACAUUAUACAACAUAACUUAAAGGCCUACUGAAAUGAUUUUUUUUUAUUUAAACGGGAAUAGCAGAUCCAUUCUAUGUGUCAUACUUGAUCAUUUCGCGAUAUUGCCAUAUUUUUGCUGAAAGGAUUUAGUAGAGAACUUCGACGAUAAAGUUCGCAACUUUUGCUCGCUGAUAAAAAAAAAGCCUUGCCUGUAGCGUAAGUAGCGUGACGUCACAGGAGCUAGUAUUCCUCACAAUUCCCCGUUGUUUACAAUGGAGCGAGAGAGAUUCGGACCGAGAAAGUGAUGAUUACCCCAUUAAUUUGAGCGAGGAUGAAAGAUUCGUAGAUGAGGAACGUUACAGUGAAGGACUUGAGAGGCAGUGAUGGACGUAUCUUUUUUCGCUCUGACCGUAACUUAGGUACAAGCUGGCUCAUUGGAUUCCACACUCUCUCCUUUUUCUAUUGUAGAUCACGGAUUUGUAUUUUAAACCACCUGGGAUACUAUAUCCUCUUGAAAAUGAGAGUCGAGAACGCGAAAUGGACAUUCAGUGCCUUUUAUCUCCACGACAAUACAUCGGCGAAAUGCUUUAGCUACGAGCUAACGUGAUAGCAUCGUGCUUUAACUGCAUAUAGAAACAAAAAAAUAAACCCCUGACUGGAAGGAUAGAUAGAAAAUCAACAAUACUAUUAAACCGUGGACAUGUAAAUACACGGUUAAUGCUUUCCAGGCUGGCGAAGGUUAACAAUGCUGUGCUAACGACGCCAUUGAAGCUAACUUAGCAACGGGACCUCACAGAGCUAUGCUAAAAACAUUAGCUCUCCACCUACGCCAGCCAGCCCUCAUCUACUCAUCAACACCCAUGCUCACCUGCGUUCCAGCGAUCGGCAGAAGGACGAAGGACUUCACCCGAUGCGUUUGGCGGCCCGGAGACGUAGGAAGUCAAGGUGAGGUCGGCGGCUAGCGCGGCUAGCGCUCCAACAAAGUCCUCCUGGUUGUGUUGCUGUAGUCCGCUGCUAAUACACCGAUCCCACCUACAACUGUCUUCUUUGCAGCCUUCAUUGUUCAUUAAAAAAAUUGCAAAAGAUGUCCAGAAUACUGUGGAAUUAUGAAAUGAAAACAGAGCUUUUUGUAUAGGAUUCUACGGGGUACCAUAACUUCCGUUACUCUGACUUCGUCACGCGCAUACGUCAUCAUACCGCGACGUUUCAGCCGGAUAUUUCCCGGGAAGUUUUAAAUGUCACUUUAUAAGUUAACCCGGCCGUAUUGGCAUGUGUUGCAAUGUUAAGAUUUCAUCAUUGAUAUAUAAACUAUCAGACUGCGUGGUCGCUAGUAGUGGCUUUCAGUAGGCCUUUAAACUAUGUGUACUGUCUGUCCAGUGAUGGGGGGAAAGUAGCGUAAGAAUAACUUGGACAAAGAUGGUAACUUUUUUAUUUUAUUUUUUAAUUUUGGUUUUAAUUCAAUGUCUGUUUUAUGUUGAGAACCUAAUAUGUGAUUGUUCCUAAAGUCAGGACUUGAACUAUUGACAGAAAAUGCUAAUAGAAUUUUUGUACAGAAAAAAAAUAAACUGUUUACUUGACAAUACAGUUUGGAUUGAGCUUUUCCGUCAAAUCAAGCUUUGUUGGGACGUU